AUGUUUGAAGCGGGAUAUUGCUGCAAGGUAUCAAAGUGGAUAUUAAGACCACAGGAAGGCGAGUUUGGAAGAGUAAGUCCGGUUUUGAGGAAUGAUGAUCGGUAUUGGCCUCAUUUCAGAGAUUGUAUCGGAGCACUUGAUGGACCGCAUGUCCCAGUUCGCCCUCCAAGUCAAAAUGCAGAAGCAUACAGAGGCAGGAAGCAAGAUCCUACAAUGAAUGUUCUUGCUAUAUGUAACUUCGAUAUGAAGUUCAUAUAUGCAUAUGUCAGUGUACCUGGUAGGGCACAUGAUACAAAGGUCUUGACUCAUUGUGCGAGGAACGAGGCUUCUUUUCCACAUCCUCCUCCUGGAAAAUAUUAUCCACUUGACUCCGGAUAUCCGACCAGGACAGGGUAUCUUGGUCCGCAUCGUAAUAUGCGAUAUCAUCUUGGUCAAUUUGCUACAGGAGGACCACCAGUUAGUGCACGAGAGUUGUUUAACCGAAAGCAUUCAGAAGCUGAUAGUGACGGUGAUGAAGAAGAAGAAGAAGAUGAUGAUGGUGGUGGUGGUGGACAUAUUGUAUAUGAGCCGGCCGGUGAUAGAGCGAUGGAAGCUUUGCGUGAUAACAUCACAAAUGAAUAUGUUAGAGGUCGUUUACCAUUUUAA